AUGCCAUAGAAGACGACAGAGACUGUAAAAGUCAUGUGUGAUUCAGCCCUGCAGCAAAUCAAUUUAUUCAAGCCAGGAGAGUAAGGAUCCUUGCCUAGAACUUUUACAUUUGAUGUCAUAUAUGGGGAAGAUUCACAUCAACAGCAAGUUUAUGAUGAAUGCGGAUUCAGUUUAGUUGAAUCUGUACUUGAGGGUUACAAUGGAACUAUGUUUGCCUAUGGUCAGACAGGUUGUGGAAAAACACACACUAUGAUGGGUCCAGCUUCCUCAUUAGAUGAUAAGGCUUUAAAUUAGGAUGAAAGGGGAAUCAUUCCUAGGACUGUCAGACAUAUUUUCGGUUUUAUUGAUGCAUCUGAGAAAGAAAAGAAAUUUUUAGUGAGAUGCUCGUACUUAGAAAUCUAUAAUGAACAGAUUUUAGAUCUUUUAGGAAAGAAUAAUGCAGUUAAUUUACAAAUAAAGGAAGAUCCUAAUAAAGGUAUUUAUGUAAAAGACUUAACAACGGUUAUUGUAAAGAGUGUUCCUGAAUUAGAAAAAAUUUUGUUUGCUGGAAUGAAAAAUAGGAAAGUUGGGGAGACAGCUAUGAACAAAGACUCUUCAAGAAGUCAUUCUAUUUUUACUAUCUAUAUAGAGACAGCAGAAAGUGUUAAUGAUGGGACAGGAAAAUAAAAGAUUAAGGCGGGUAAAUUAAAUCUUGUCGAUCUUGCUGGAUCCGAAAGACAAAGUAAAACACAUGCUACAGGUGCUAGAUUAGAUGAAGCUAAAAAUAUAAACUUGUCUUUAUCUGCUCUAGGUAAUGUCAUAAAAGCGUUAGUAGAUGGGGUUUCAACUCAUGUCCCUUAUCGUGAUUCAAAACUUACAAGAUUAUUAUAAGAUUCUUUAGGAGGUAAUACCAAAACAGUAAUGAUAGCUGCUCUAUCACCAGCUGAUUAUAAUUAUGAUGAAACUCUAUCUACUUUACAUUAUGCUAACAGAGCAAAAUAGAUCAAGAAUAAGCCAAAGAUUAAUGAGGAUCCUAAAGAUGCUUUACUUAAAGAAUAUGAAUAAGAAAUUAAAUAACUUAGAGCUCUUCUUGCCUAAAUGUAAACAUAAGGUGCUACAGGUUAAUAAAUGAAUCAGGCAAUCAUGGCAAUGUAAAAUAAUAUGAAAAACUAAUUAAACCAGGGUUUCAAAGUAGAAGAGAGUGUAGAUGAUCUUAUAAAAAGAUUAGAAGGUUAGGGUAAAAGAAUUAAAAUUUUGGAUGAAAAUGAAAACGAUUAGGAUGAUGAAGAGGAAUAAGUAAAGCCUAAGAAAGGAAAGAAGAAAUAAUAAGUUUAAAAAGAAUAAACUGAGGACGACGACGAAGAAAAUUAGGAUCAAGUGGGUGAAUAAGAACAGUCAUAAAAUUAAGUUAAGAUGUAAUAGAAGCUGAAGGAGCUGGAAGAUUUAGAAAAAGAAAAAUAGAAUUUGAAUGCAGAUAAGGAACGAAUAUAAAAUGAACUUUAACUUAAAGAGGAAAAAUUAAGAAUAGAAGCGAGAGAAAAAGAAAAUUUAGAGGCUAUGAUCCGGGAAAUGGAGUAUAAAUUAGUUAAUGGAGGACAAGCCCUAGAAGAAAAAGAGAAGGAAUAAUCGCAGGCUUAUAGAGAGUAUUAGAAAAAAUUAAAAGCUUAGAGAAAAAAAUAGAAGCAGCUUUUAGAGGAAAAAAGAAAAAAAGAGGAGGAAAUGCUAGGGGUAGAGAGAUAGUACUUAGAUUUGUAAGAUGAGGUAAAUGAUCAAAGAAUAGUGAUUGAAAAACUGAAGUAAAAAUACUAAAACGCUCUAAAUGAAAUUCAGGACUUCUAGUAAGAGCAAUAAGGUGAUAGAGAAGAACUUUUAGAUACGAUCCGUUAGCAAAGUUUAGAUUUGAAGUUUUAUAAAAGAUUGGUAAAGAUGCUAAUGAAAGAUGAGGAGAUUGCAAAGAUAAAGUUAAAAUCUUAAUAUGAUGAUAACUAAAAUGAUUGGAUUGUGCCUCCUUUUAUCCUAAGAGGAAAGGAGGUAACCUUGCCUUCUAUGAAAUAAAAUGGAUAUAAAGUAAUGGAAUAAGAGAAGGAUAAUAGAGAUAUGUCUAUAGAGGGAGAUGAUUCUGAUGAUGACCUGCUAAAUGAUCGAAGGAUGGGAGUAAGUAGUGGACUUUUUGGUCAAUAAAGUAAAGGUGGUUAGUACAAAUAGCAGUAUUAGAAUGAGUAUAAUGAUAGGCCAAAUCAAAGAGGACGUAUAUAAAUUAAUGCUCCAUAGAAAAUGAAUUAGCAAACACAGAAUGUGCCUAUUUAAAUGAGAUGGUCCUAGAUUGAUUCAUCAAUUAAUCUAAACUUAAAUCAGGCUUCUAACGAAUAUAAUAGCGGUAGUCAAUCACAUCUUAUGAUGACGCCAGAACCAAGUAUGCUGACAAAGAAUUCUAAAGCUAAUGCUUUGCUGGCACCUCUUGAUAAGCCAGUUAUUAUAAACUCAAAUGCUCUUAUUUAAGGGAAUAAUGGGGCUAGUGGAGGUCAAAAGUAUACUAUACCAUCUAUAGACUAGUUAUAGCAGCUUAAACUGCAGCCUCUUAAUCAUAUGCCUAGGAAAAAAUAGUUAUGA